GCUGUUGUGAACGCUGAUCUAACAUGGCGACCGUGCCCGUGUAUUGCAUCUGCAGGUUACCGUACGACGUAACCCAGUUCAUGAUCGAGUGCGACGCCUGUAAGGACUGGUUCCACGGCAGCUGUGUUGGAGUAGAUGAGGAUGAUGCACCCGACAUUGACAUCUAUCACUGUCCCAACUGUGAGAAAACACACGGCAAAUCCACCUUGAAAAAGAAAAAGAACUGGAAUAAACAUGACACGGGACAGAGUGGGGACGUCAAACCGGUUCAGAACGGCAGCCAGGUUUUUAUAAAGGAGCUCCGCAGCCGCACAUUUCCCAGCUCAGAGGAUGUGGUGGUCAAGCUUAGUGGGUGUCAACUGACUGUGGACUAUCUGGAGGAGAACGGCUUUAAUGAACCUAUUCUGAUCCAGAAGAAGGAGGGGUUGGGGAUGACCAUGCCUGCACCCACAUUCUACGUCAGUGAUGUUGAAAACUAUGUUGGGCCUGAUGUUCUUGUGGAUGUUGUCGAUGUCACCAAACAGACUGACAGCAAAAUGAAGCUAAAGGAAUUUGUGGAUUAUUAUUACAGCACAAACAGAAAGAAAGUAUUAAACGUGAUCAAUCUGGAGUUUUCCGACACAAGAAUGUCCAGUAUUGUGGAGAGUCCACUGAUCGUGAGGAGAUCAUCCUGGGUGGAGAAUUACUGGCCAGACGAUGCUCUGCUCGGGAAGCCCAAAGUAACCAAAUACUGUCUGAUCUGUGUGAAGGACAGCUACACUGACUUCCACAUCGAGAAUGGCGGAGCCUCAGUGUGGUACCAUGUCUUAAAGGGGGAGAAGAUUUUUUUCCUGAUCAAACCCACCUCAGCCAACCUGUCUCUGUAUGAGCGCUGGAGAUCCUCCUCCAAUCACUCCGAAAUGUUCUUCGCCGACCAGGUGGACAAAUGCUAUAAGUGCACGCUGAAGCAAGGGCAAACGCUCUUCAUCCCGUCAGGUUGGAUUAAUGCAGUGCUGACACCCGUGGACUGCCUGGCCUUCUCUGGCCACUUCGUCCACAACAUGAGUGUUGAGAUGCAGAUGAGGGCAUAUGAAGUGGAAAAAAGGCUGAAAGUCGCCAGCCUCACUCCGUUCCCCAACUUCGAGACGGCCUGCUGGUACACCGGGAGGCACUACCUGGAGAGAUUUAGAAGUUUACAUAAGGCAAAUAAACAACCAGCCCCUUAUCUGGUACAUGGUGCCAAAAUUAUCAACGGAGCCUUCAGAUCAUGGACUAAAAAACAGGCCCUUCUAGAGCACGAAGAUGAGCUUCCUGAGAAUAUGAAGCCAACACAGCUCAUUAAAGACCUUGCCAAAGAGAUUCGGAUUGCAGAGAAUGCAACUAAAGCCAUAAAGAGUGAGCCUAGCAACUCUAAGCCCCCAGCAGAGGAGCCCCCCUCAGCCCCACCAGAGCCGGAAGAGCCUGUGUCUCCCACGCUAAUGUCCACUCCACCGCGAGAUAAACUGGCCAGGAAGAAAGCUCCAAAACCCCCAAAACCACCGAAACCGCCCAAAAUGCCCAAGGCACCCAAGCCCCCAAAGGUGCCCAAAGUGAAGGAAGGUGGGAAGAAGAAAGCGAAGAAAGUGAAAGAAGGAGGAUUGCCUGAGAAAAAGCCUUCCAGCCUGGCAGCUUUGGAGUCCCAUGCCAAGGACAUCCUUUCCAAGAUGGAUCAGCCUAAAAAAGCAAAGCCUCCGAAGACCAUGAUGAGCUUCAUGGAGAAAGAGAUGAACAAACAGAACGACGUUGAGAAGUUCGAAAUCCGAGAACUCAACAAAAACAAGACGGAAGCAAAAUGGAAAUACAAGAACAGCAAACCAGAUUCAUUACUGAAAAUGGAAGAGGAGCACAAAUUUGAAAAGACGCCGCUGGGACAUAAAGACAAUAAAUUUUCGUUUUCAAUGUCAAACAAGAAAUUGCUGGGGGCGAAGACGCUGAAGACUCAGACCAACUCCAGCGUGUUUGGCUCCUUACAAAAUGUAAAAGAGGACAAACCCAAGCCUGUACGAGACGAGUAUGAGUACGUUUCAGACGAGGGGGAGCUAAAAAUCGACGAGUUUCCAAUCAGGCGGAAAAAAACUCCUGUCAAGAGGGACUUUUCCUUUUUAUCAAACAUCAGAGAGCCCAUCCAGCCAACGAAAAAGCCAAAAACGCAGCCUGCAGUAAUUAAGAGUGCUGACUCCUCAGACGAAGAAUCACUCCACAUAGACACAGAUGCCAAGACAGAGGUCAAAGGCCGCAAUUCCAAGGUGUCCAAGAAGAAAGGGGGCAGCGCAGCAGGAAUCCUGGACCUCCUUCAGGCCAGCAAGCAAGUGGGCGGCAUUGACUACAGCAACAACAGUCAGCCACCUGCAUCCCCCAGCACACAGGAGGCCAUCCAGGGCAUGCUGUCCAUGGCCAACCUGCAGUCUUCAGACACCUGCCUGCAGCCGGCCUGGAACAACAGCCAGGCCAAGAACAACUCGCACACUGGCCCAGCCAGCAAGAAGCCUGCAGGGGGUGCUGCGGCGACCGGAAACAGCAAGCGACCAGCCAAGCGGCCGCCAAAGAAACCACAGAAAAGCAGCAGCGUGGACAGCGCAGACAUGUUUGAUGAUGACCAGGACCAUCUAGAUGCCUGCUUCAAAGACUCAGAUUAUGUGUAUCCCUCUCUGGAGUCGGAAGAGGACAAUCCCAUUUUCAAAUCACGAUCGAAGAAAAGGAAAAACUCAGACGACACUCCAUACAGUCCAACAGCACGAGUCGGGCCCUCUGUACCACGACAUGAAAGACCAGCACGGGAAGGAGCGCGGGUUGCAUCCAUAGAAACAGGGCUCGCUGCUGCUGCUGCCAAACUCUCCCACCAGGAAGAACAGCAGAAGACCAAGAAGAAGAAGAAAAGCACCAAAAAGAAACCCAUAGCCGUGGAGGAGCCUCUUAAACACUCUCAGGACAACAGUUCAUCAGAGCCCAACCUGGACUCAGAAAGCAACGCGGCCGACCACGAGUACAGCACUGGACCAGGCAAGCCUGUGAGUGGUCAGCCCAUGGCCCCGGGAGUCUUCCUCAACCAGAAACGCCCCUCCACGUCAUCCCCCAACAGCAACUCGGCCCAGCCAGCGAAGGUGGAGCGUGGGAACUCAUCAGACGCCAAAGCCAAGAGGCUAAAGAAAGGCAUGGCAACGGCCAAACAGAGACUUGGAAAAAUCUUAAAGAUCCAUCGGAACGGGAAGCUCCUGCUGUAACUGGGACAGCGGAGAGGGGGGCCACGUUUUCUCCUGAUGACGAUCUUAUGGACCCCGCGUGGACUAGCCAAACCCAUCCCUCCCUCUCCCCCCACCACCACCCACCCCCCCCGCCCCCCCAAAAAAACAAAAAACACUGGGGACGUGAACAGCAAGAACUGAAAGUAGGAAGGGGAUUGCGAGAAGAAUCGCGACUUUUCGAUUUCUAAGAAGAACAUAGCUCAAAUAGGUUUUUGCCUCUACUUAUACUUUAUAACUUUCAGAUAUUAAAAAAUGUACAGAAUACCUGCUAUUAAUAUUUUGUAAGAAGAAUUUGUCUCGUUUUACUACAGCUGUCAGUUUAUCAGGGGUUGCUAAGAUAUUAUGAAAUACAUAGCAGUCAUUCCAAGAUAAAGAAAGUAUCCCUUGCAUGUGUCCAGUUGCAUGCAUGCAUUGGUUAGAGGGGGGUUUAGGAUGGGGGGAGGGGGUUGAAAUCCAGCUUUUUUGGAUGUGGCUUAUCAUUGUCUUUUGAUGUUGAAAAAGUAUUAAUGGAGACUUUUUGUUUUUUGAGAAUUUUCACAGCGACUGCCCUGCACCAGUCUAACACCCCACGUUUUCUAUCGACUCUCCUUGUGAUAAAAGGGUCUCUUGUUUUGUAAGCAUUACUUUCAUGGAACGAGUUACUUUUCGUUUGCUAAGCACUAUCACUGAUAAUAUUUAUUGACCUAAUAUAAUUGUACAUGUCAUAGGUAGUUUGAGGAAAGCCAAAAGGCACUUAAAGACAUCAACGAAGCACAAAAACUGAGUGAUAUUGUGAGUAGUUUUAAAUGUUUUUUUUUUUUAUAACAGCUACUGUGAACCAUGAACUGUAGCGCUUCAUCUAAUAUUUCAUAUUUGUUUUUUAUGAUUUUUUUUUCGUUUUUUUUUAACAAUAGGACAUUUGUAUGUUUUAACAGAAACAAAUUCUACCAUUUCGUCACAAAUCAUUACAUGCAUAUCAUGAGUGAAAACCAACAUUUCAGGUUAAUUACAUACAUUAAAAUACAUAUAUUUUCUCAUUUUACUAAGAUAUAUUUUCAUCUCAAUCUAACAAACUAGUACAUUGUAGUAAAAAAUGUUAGCAAUACUCAAAAGAAUUUUUAACCCUGAUUCCUGCAUCAAGGUGGUUUUAUGUCAUCUUGUUUGAGAUGUUGGACGUCCUAUGGCGCCACAGCUUGUGAAUUAACAUUAGCGUUUCAUGUAUUUAUCGUUUCAAGUUACUGUAUCGUCUGUAAAUGUUGCGCUUGUUUUUGUUUAUAAACAGUUCUCCAAAAAUAAAAAAGACACUAACUCCGUGGGACCUUACAGCUCUGAUAAGCCUCAUCCACGUCGAUGUGUAUCACUACAUAGGGAUACUUUCUCUCCUCUGUUUGUCUCGCAGGCAGCACCCGUUACCCUAGACUGAAAUAUGCAUUUGUAUUGCUUCACAGUACAGUAUGUAGAAUGUAGCCUGUAUAUAGCUUUUUAAAUGACUACGUUUUGUAUCCUUUUUCCUUAAUACUUCAUUAUACAUUUUUACUAGUUUUUUGCAAAUUAUAAACAAAAAAAGUAUAUAUAAAGAUAUAGAAAUAGUCAUUUCGUUCUAUUUUUGGUUUUUGUUUUUGUUUUAUUUUUUUUUUUUCUUUUGUCUUUUUAGAUACACAAUAGCAGUGCUUUGUUUUUUUAACCAUCUUUGUUUUAUCUUUUUUUUCUUUGGUGUUGCCUGGAGAACAAAAGAAUCAUCACAGCAUAAAAUAUCAUAUGGCCUUACAUACACGAAGCUACAUGUAUUGUAUCGAUUCAGUUACAACAGGGGAGGAAACUUUGACAAAAAACAAGAAAAAAAGAAAUGAUAAUAAUAAUAAUGUCAAGACAAAAGCAAAGUUUUUGAAAGACCAGCCUCGCGUUCAACUUCAAAUACCCCCGACUGGGAGUCAAAAGUUAUUUUACUAGCACCUUGUGAAGUGUUUUCUGUGUCAGUGAUGUAAUUUAUUAAUGUUUGUAGCCUUUUAUACUUGUAUAAUUCUUAAGAGUUUUUUGUUUGAAAUAUUUUAUCAGUGUGAGAGCCCCUUAGAAACCUCGUCAUUAACAUGCCUCAUUGAGUUUCGGCAAUAGUUCCAUUUUUGUCUUAGUGAAAGUGUUUUUUUUACCCCUUUUGUUUUUAUUUUGUCAACUGCAACAGGUCAUCCAUUUAAAAUGUUACAUUAUUAUUAUUAUUAUUAUUACUGUUAUUAUUAUUAUUAUUAUUAUUAUUAUUAUGCAGCUCUUUUAAAUACCCGUACAGUCACGCCAUGAAUUUUAUUUUGAUAAUAGAUUAUGUACAUUCUUUACAACGGUUUGCUGAUCAAUUGCAGUGUUUUAGUUAUCAGUGUAAAUCUUGUAUCCACCUUUCUGAUUUGAAACACACUCAGAUCGAUCUUUGUCAAUGGAACUAUUUCAGGUUUUUAUUUGUACAAAAUGUGUGUUGCUUUGUUGUGGUUUAUUUUUAUAUGUUCAACCAAUUAAAUGCAUCCACUGUACCAGGGCAGUGAAUGUUA